AUGGCCUCCCGAAAGCUACCACCUCGUCCCACGAUUGGAUCCUCCUCGCAGAGCUCCGGCCACGCUCGACGGCAAGGCCGCAGCAGCGUAUCCGAUGUUGGACGGCACCUUCUCUCUAACCUACGAGAACUACCCAAGCCGCUGACAACUCUUCAAGUCGACCAGAUCGCACAGUACCUGGACGAGGCGGCAGACUCCGGUCCGUCCUCAUCCGUGAAUUUCAAGUCCAAGGAUCUGAUGAUCGGUCAGAGGCGCCAGGUUCCAGCACAACCCUCCCUAGACGAGUCCGCAUGGGAUCCGCGGGAAGGGUCCUCACUUGAGAGGUUCGACCUGGAGAUUCAGCAAGCGGCCUUUGAAUUUGUCAGGUCUGACGUGCGGAUUGAGACCCGGAUCAAGCGACCUCAAGCCUGGAUCCAGGUUGCCGGUGUGCAACGGAGACUCCAUCAUUAUCAACUCUAUGCAGCUUUUGUGGCCAUCAAGGACGGCACCGGUCACCGUCGGGGGCUGAUCGAGGCUGAUCGCAUGGGCCUUGGCAAGACGACGAUCAUGUACGUCGUUGCCUACCUCAAUUAUUUACUCGUCGCUCUAGAGAUAGACCGGCAACAACAUCCUGAACGCCACUGCACAGAGAAUGGGGGACCGUGCCGGUCACCUUACAGCAGAGCAAUCGUCUGCCCUUGCGAUCCCGACGGUGUUACGGCGCGGUUUGGGCUGAAGGGCCGGAUGGGGGCGACACUCGUCCUCGCACCGAAGCGACUCCUGAUAACCUGGAAACAAGAAUGGCGUUCUACGGGCAUCGACGGCAUGUCUCUGUAUAUCCAACACGGGGAGUUUCCGGGGGAUGCCGUGCCUCAUUAUCGACGCCGAUGCCUGACGCUCGAAAAGGUAGAAGGGCACAACGGGUCGGCGGUGAUGGAAAUCCGACCUGACUCGCGAGCCCACGAGAUGAUCGUCCUAACAACCACAGGGUCGUAUUGGCGAAGAGUGCAGCACCACUUCCGACUUUGGAGGCCACUCGUCCCGGCUGCCGCCGUGGCGGACGUUCUUCCUUUGGGGAUGCGCACGGACGGAAUUUGUUGGUCGACAAUCGUCAUGGACGAGGCGCACACGCACAUAAAAAAGGCGGUCUACGUGCACCAGUUGGUGGCGUCGCUUGCGUCGAAUGGCUGGAUCAAGCCCAACUUCAUCGCGGUGACCGCAACACCCAUGCUGCGCAACGGGCCGAUCGACAUGCGCUUUAUGAUCAAGGCGAUCAACAUGAUGUCUCCGGACAUAUCUCAGCAUCCAGAGUGUCGUGCAUUCGCCGACGAAAGCAGCCUCGAUCUCCUCUGCCGCGACUACCAGCGAAUGAGACGAUUGCAAGCCCGCGGAAACGCCGACCCUCAUCUCGAGGAGAAUGUGAGGGCGUGCGUCAGUGCGUUAUAUGCGGCUUACGCCAUCCAACGCAGGGCGAGCUCCAUCCAGAACGGCAAAAUGCUCGUCCAGCUUCCUCCCCUGGCAAUGUACGACGUCGAAUGCCCCUCCGGCGCCCAAGAUCGCUACCGCAUCUGGCAAGUUGAGGAGUUUCUCAAAACGUCCUUCAGGCAGUCUCGCGACGAGGAAAUGGAAGCAAGCCUUGCCGAACUGUUGACCCAUUCCGUCAAAGCCCGUAUUCUCGCCGACGCGCCCUAUCUGGCGCUCUAUGGCAGUACAGAGCUGCUCACCUGGUCGCACAUCCGCGGAGAAGGCUGGCAUCUUCGACCCGAGGAGAGUCCGUUCUGUAGAGACCUCCGCGAGAUCGAGGAGAGCAGUGGCAAGCUCCAAAUGCUCCGGUACAUCCUGACCAAUCUUGGCCGGAACGCCGCAGGGGAUGACGAGGCUCUGGUGGUGGUGUCCGAAUUCCCCGUCAUCUGUCUCAUAGUGCUGAUACUGUGCCGCGAUCUUGGGAUAGUGUCCGAGUGGAUACACUCCGGCCUCGAUCCCGCCAAGCGCGAGUGGUUGGCGAGCAACUUCCAAGGGACGCGUCGCUUGGAGUACGUGAAUCGCUUAAAGCGCCACGAGUCUCGCAUCCGCGUGCUGAUUGGGACCGUCGCCAUCAUUGGUUCGGGGUUGACGCUCCACCGAGCAAUCAGGCUGGUCCUUAUGGAACCGCAACACUCUGUGGAGGUUGAGAUGCAGACAGCGGCCCGCAUACACCGCUUGGGCGUCGCCACCGACCAGUGUUGGUUCUACCGCCUACACAACCCCGCCUCCUCGAUUGAAGAGAUGAUCAUGCAGGACCACGCGGCGCAACUGGAAAAUUCCAAAGUGGUUGAUUGGUUCACCAAAUGCCGCGGGCCAACUAGCGUUGGCCUGACCAAGCGGGAAAAGGCACAACUUCAGGCUUAUUCUGUCAUGGACGAGGGCGACGAGGAUGCACGAGAGACGAUAUCCGCCGAAGACAUGGAGUGCUGGACUUGA